UUACCGCCUCCUGGUCUUGUAAUUUGCGAGGACAGGAUAUUCUUUUCGGUGUCAAUUUCAAAACUUCUAUUUUAGUUCCAUAGAGUCCGUUACAGCAAACAGGGUUUUUAAUGACCCUAACGUCGGGAGUGCGUGUGUGAAAUUGUAAAUGUUUGUUUGUGAUUCCCAUUUGGAUCGAAAUGGCCAAAAAGAUAUCCUUCAAUGUGGUUUUUGCCUCAGAUGAGGAUAACAGUUUUCCGGCUAGCGAGCUGAACAAUCAUGGCCCAACCGUACAUGGAUGGAGGAGCUCGGCUAGCAGCUCAUUGAAUACACAUGACAUCAUCUUACGUUUCCAUCAGCCCGCAAAGAUCUACAGGAUACAAUUGUUAGCCCAUCAAUAUCUAAUACCCGAAAAGGUAGAACUAUGGCUACACUAUUCACCCAAGUCGAUGCCCAGCACUCCAUCUUCACAGUAUUUUGAUUUUCUUGGUUUUGUGGCUCUGGCCGAUAAUUCCAACACCAAUUACAAAUCUCGUGAACUACAAAGCGUCACGGUGACGCCAAGACGAGGCACCCAUUUGAAGUUACGUCUAAUUGGAGCUCAAUGCAAUGAGUUAAAUCAAACGGGACAGAUUUCUCUUUUGGCUGUCAAUAUUCUAGGCGAAGAUUUAGAUGUUGGAAAUGGAAAUGGUGAGGAUCAGCAGCAACAGCAGCAGCUUUGUAGUAGCAGCAGUAGCGAUACAGCACCCUUGGACACAGCAACCGGAGAAUUGGCCUUGGCUUCCAUUUGUGAUGACUUGCUUUUCUCCAUGUAUGUGGAAGAAUCAAUUGUUCAUUACAUAAGAGAAUUGGAGAUGCGUAAAACCCAAGCGGUCAAUGCGGAACGAUUUGAAUAUGCCCGCAAACUGAAACUUUGUAUGACCGCACUUCGUACAGCCGGCGAACGUUUGGGUCGAUAUUCUUUGGCCAAGAGACAGGCGGUGCAACAGGAGGAUUUUACCACAGCCAAAUUAAGAAAAGAGCAAAUGGAAAUGUAUCGUUCGACCGUACUAAAGCAAUUACAAGUCCAGCAGCUGUUAGAAACUCAAGGUAUCGAAACAUGUAAUGAUCAAAGUUGCGAAAUUUAUGCUGGAGGCAAACCAAGCCUGCCGCCAGCACCAAGUCUCCAAGAUGUGGCGCAUGCCUUGGCCGAUGCGGCUCUCAGUCCGAAGAGUCAGAGUCACCAAGAUGACAAAUCGUCUACAGAUGGCUCAUUGGGGCAAACUAGUAAUGAGAGUGUGAUAACAACAACAACAACAACGGCGGCCACUCCAUUAGUGCCAACUGCUACCUUUUCCACACAUGUGGCCAAUGCUGGAGGCUGGCGAAAAUCUCACGAUGAAUUGCCACAAUCACCACGUUUGCCCUCACGUCACAGUUCACCCAUGUCGAGUCGUCAGGGUUCGCUAAGGCGACGCAAUAAAAGUGUUCCACGUAACUCGUAUGAGGAUUACGAAGAACGAGCCAUACCCACAUUGAGGCAUUCAAAUACUAAUGAAUUUUUAAGGGAGUGCCAGGGAAAUGCCCUACUCGAAGCGGAUCCAAAUCGGGGACGUUCGCGUCUCAAUGAUCGUGAACGUCGCCAAGCCGCCUUACCCAUUCUUGUGUUUGGAAAUGAACUGGUGGAACAGUUCUAUUCACGUCAAUUUCAGGAUCGUGAGGAUGGUCUAAUGCGUUUGAGAAAUUUCCUUAAAGAGCAGGAAUUGAUGGAGUCAGCGGAAACGAACAGCAAUGAACAUGCAGCCAGUCCCAAUAAGGUGGCACGUUCAGCUGCUCUGCUCCUGCAUCGUGCUGUGCGAGAUGCUGUCUAUUCUGUCUUUAAUCAGGCUACCGAAACUGUUCGUGUUAUGUUCCUUGAAUAUGUGCCAGGACGUGUUUCACCCAGCGAGGUGGCACGAUGUGUUGAUCGUUUGCUGCCUGAAUUGCUGGCCAAAUCUGGUGAUCCAUCUGCCAGGCUACAUACAUUGGCUCAGCAUACUAUAUUAAGUAUAGCAGCCUGUCCCGAAGUGGCCGAACAGCAUUUGGUGGCUCCAGCUCUUUCACGAAGCGUUGGCUCAGGCACCCAUCAGCGUCUGGCCAUGAGCCGUUUGCAGAUGUUAGAGCAGCUAGUCAAUACUCAAGGUAUCAGCACCGAUAAGCACAGUGGUCUUACAUGUCGGGCUCUGUCAGAAUGCGGCUGUUCGGGCAUUCAUCAUCCUGCGGAACCCGUGCGAAAAGUUGCUGAGCGUAUAAUCCUAAUUGUCUAUAAAAUGAAUCCUCGAUUAGUGCGCAAACAAUUGCCUCCCGAUGAUGAUAUCACUCGUCGCAAUCUGCUGUAUCGUCAACUCUUCACCGAAUUUGAUAAAAUCGAUUUGGAACGCAAGCAGGAACUAAUGGAAGAAUCCAAUAAAUAUGUUGUAGCUGUUGGCCAUAGUUCAAGUGAUGCAACUACCAGCCAUAUGGAUAAGGCCAGUACCAGUUCAGAUGCCUCGCGAUUAAUGAUGAAAAGCAAAAGUGGGCAUGGUCCUGGUCUUGCCUCUAGCAAUGGUUACAACAGUUGCAAUGGCAAACAGCAAUAUAAUGAGCAAUUAAAACGUUCCAUGCUUUCCGCCUCCAAUUCGAGAAAAGGUUCUGCCUCAAAUUCAGAGUCCACGGAGGAUAACACACCGAAAAUACAUUGCCCCUUUUGCGAUUGGUCUUGUUCUGGCAACGAUGCUAGUCAAUUGGAUCGUCACUAUUGGAAGACAUGCCCAUUUCUCACCAAGUGCCCACAAUGCAGCCAAGUGCUGGAGGUAGCUGCCCUGAAUUAUCAUUUGACUACUGAAUGUGAUGCUAAGGAUAGCUAUGUCGUCUGCACCCGCUGCACAGAGUCUGUGCAUAAGCAGCUCUAUGAACUACAUCAAAUGGAAGACUACUGUCGUGAGCUUAAAACUGGCGCCGCCCGUUGUCCCCUGUGUCAUGAUGAUGUUCAUUUACCUCAGGAUGGUGGCUGGAAAUUGCAUCUAUUAAGUACUGGCGGUUGUCCAGGCAAUACACGUAAAAAGAAUAUGAAGAAACCUAAUUAACAAAAGAGAGAAGAAAAAGAAACACAUUAAUCACAAAAUGCGACAUAGUAAUUAGCGCAAUUUGUUAGUGCAAAAUAAUUAUUAUUAUUAGUAAUCAACUAUUGCAGUUGGCCAUAUACAUACAUAGGC